ACCCUGUCAACAGUCGCUGGGUGUGCUGCUGCUGCUACGGAGGAGCAACGAUGUCGGAGCAGGAGUCUCUGAGGUGCUCCAGUGCCAGAAACCGUGGAGGCGUACAGAGGGUGGAAGGAAAACUGCGAGCCAGCGUAGAAAAGGGGGAUUAUUAUGAAGCACAUCAGAUGUACAGGACUUUAUUUUUUAGGUACAUGUCACAGGGGAAACAUGCGGAGGCCAGGGAGCUGAUGUAUAACGGAGCACUGCUCUUCUUCAGCUACAACCAGCAAAACAGCGCAGCAGAUCUGUCCAUGCUGGUGCUGGAGGUUUUGGAGAAAUCUGAGACAAAAGUUGAAGAUGAAAUAUUAGAAUGUCUGGCUAAACUGUUCAGCCAGAUGGACCAGAACUCUCCAGAGAGAGUAGCAUUUGUUUCCAGAGCCUUGAAAUGGUCCACAGGAGGGUCUGGCAAGUUGGGUCAUCCAAAACUACACCAGCUGCUUGCUGUCACUUUGUGGAAAGAGCAAAACUACAGUGAGUCUCGUUAUCACUUCCUGCAUUCCUCUGACGGGGAGGGCUGUGCACACAUGUUGGUGGAGUAUUCAGCAUCACGAGGCUUCCGCAGUGAGGUUGACAUGUUUGUGGCGCAGGCCGUCCUACAGUUCCUCUGCUUAAAGAACAAAAACAGCGCUUCCGUGGUGUUCAGCACGUACACAGAGAAACACCCGUCCAUAGAGAGGGGCCCUCCUUUCGUGCAGCCUCUACUAAACUUUAUCUGGUUUCUGCUGCUGGCAGUGGACGGGGGUAAAUUAACAGUUUUCACAGUGUUAUGUGAGCAAUAUCAGCCUUCCCUGAAGAGGGAUCCCAUGUAUAAUGAGUAUCUCGACAGAAUAGGACAGCUUUUCUUUGGCGUUCCACCCAAACAGUCCCCAUCGUAUGGCGGACUACUAGGCAAUCUGCUGAACAGCCUGAUGGGUUCGGGUGAGGAGGAUGACGGAACUGAAGAACCUCCAGAGGACAGCCCCAUAGAAUUAGACUGAGCACGCAGCCUGGGAUGAGGGAAUCAAGAACAAACACACGAAAAAUAAUGAAUAAGACCACCCAGCCUCCUUCCUUCAGGUCCACCGCGGGGUCAGGGCACGGUGGUGGUCUGUGAUUUCAGAGGUGUGCUGUUUAACAGAAACAUCAUCUCUCAAAUCAUCCAGUCAAAAAAAAAAGAAAGGAAAAACUAUUGGACCGGCAAAACAAACGAAUACAAAAAAACACCCCCGUCAGCACUGCCUGGACUGACAACGCCAAACUGCAAACUGUUUUUGUGUUGAACUGUUAUAUACAAUUAUUUUAAUCAUCAUUUUUGUUCUUUAAGGGUGUAAGAUUUUUAAACAAGACAUCACAACUGUCCUCACUGCUUGUGAAAACCUGCUCCUAGGAGGUAGUUGGAGUCUCAGUGGAGAGGACAGCAUCACAAGUCUGUCUCCAUGACAUAAUGUCGCAGAUAAGAGGGUUUAGUUGACUCACAGCAAGUCUCCAACUUGCCACGGUAUAGCUGCGGUUGGCGUUUUUUCAACUUAAUCCGUUACAGGUUUCUUCUUCAUCUUCUCUCAGUAGGAUAUUAAAUUAUGCUUUUUAGUUGAGGUCAGGUUUCAGCAUCUCAUCUGCGGUUUAAUGGACAUUUUUAAAAAAAACAAACAAACAUCAGAGCUCUGAAGUUAUUAUCAGAGGUCACGUUGCACCUUAAACAUCCACCAAACAAACCAUUCUGCAGUGUCAUUUCUGUUGUGUAACACUACUGCAAACACACAGCUGUCUGUAUCAAACGGCUCCGUUGUUGUGUGGUUCAACUUUUUGCCCUAUGCUGGCUGAACUGCUGCUGAGUUGCUUUAAAUCUCCAAGAUGAAUUCUGUGCCCCCCCCCCCCCCCCAAAAAAAAAAAAAAAAGAAGAAAAGAAUUAAAAAAAACCCCUCGGAUUUGACUUUUUGUUCCAACUGCAAGACAUCAAAUUGUGGCGACUUUUUAAAGCACUUACACAGCUGCAAAAGUGACCUUUUUUUAGGAAAGGAGCGAAAUCGGACACUGUGAAACGAACGUUUGUUAGACUUAAACUUGCAUCGCAUGUUGUAAAUUGCUAAUAUUUAAACCAGCUGCUUGACUCUCGUUCUCCCGCCUCUGUUUUAGGUCCAAACCAGGUUUUUCUUGGAGGCGGUGAAACAUCAGUUCAGCCGGUGCGAAAUAAGAAGCAUGAUUCAUUCAGUAGCUGCUGCUUAUCAGUGUUAAAGUCAUCGGCCCUCGGAGAGCACAGCGUUCUUGUCUUUUGCUCACAUUGAGAACUUCUCAUUGUGACUUGUGAUAACUUCAGGUCUUCUCAGUCUGUUGUUUAUCGAAGUCCCAAUUGUGCUCCAUGUUAUCUGAAAACACCUUUUUCAGCCCUGAUUAUAUGAAAAAGGUGUGCAACACUUUUCCUUCAAUAAAUGGCAGAAAACUUGGAAUGUCUUCAGGUCUUCCAGUGUAAAGUAAUCUUUAUUUGGUUAAACAUUUUUCUUCCCAUCAGCAAAGAAACAGAUUUUAAUCCACAUCUCCGUCGCUUUCUUUAAAACUGCAAAAAAAUAAAGCGUAUCUGCUCUCUGAGGGCUGUUCUAGUUUACUUUUAUGUAGUUACGUGUUGGGCUGUGGAAGUCCUAAAGGCCAAUAUUAAUAAUAAAAUAAAAAGAACAGCAAAUAACCAAUGAAAUACAAUAAAAAACAAAAACAAACAAUAAAUGGUCUGAUAAUUCAAUACAUUAAUUUCUGGGGAACUUCAGUUUUUGUGUUUUUUGCAUUUAAGUAUAUUAAAUAAAAUGAAGACAGUAGGUAUGCUAAUAAAUAGCAGUCAGAAUAAUUUAUUGAAACACAUCAUUACUGACAUUCCCCACAGAAUCUGGCAGCUGCAGAGGGACAGACUGAAUAGUGUAGACGCUCCGUGUCGUCAGUGUUUAUCUCGUGUUGGAGAGAGACCAUUUCUUUCUGCAGUUGUCGUCAGAAAUCCUCCUAUUUAAACGGCUGUUGUUAGUCAUGAAACAUUAAGAACUAGGUUCAUCCUGCUGGCUUCUGUUACCCCACAGAUCCGGGUCCACCUUCCAAAAGGGAAAUUCAGGCCAAAAUGACUUUCAGGCGAGUACAUUCAAGCACGUGUUACCGUGUUGUCAGUUACAUUUUUAUUCAGUGUUAAUUUUUCACAGCAUCCUUUGAGUUUUGUAAGCAAAGGAAAAAAAAAAUUUUGUUUUCUUAACCUGAAAGUCAGUUUAGUCAGAUGUGUCCUGUUGUUACCAGGAAGAAGUGUGUGACCAAAGGCCUGCAGUGUGUGUCGGUGAGCGUCAUCACGACUGUUUGCUGCUGUUUCUGAUCAUUUUGUCCUUUGAGAGCUAAAGCGAAGUGUUUGACUUUUCAGCUGUCACUAAAUAAGAAAAUAAACUACAACUGAGAAGAGUGUGAGAAUGUGAAA